AUGGCGCCGACCCAGACCCCUAGCCAAGUCAAUGUGGUUGCCCUGCGGCAGUUUGUGCCCACGCUGCACACAGAAGUGUACGCAGCUAUCGAUCCCACUACCACCAAGCUCCCGCAGCCUUUCACUGCCGUCAUACUGGGGGGCAGCGGCGCUGUAGGUGGUGGACUUGCGCGUUCAUAUGCCCGAGCUGGAGCCACUGGGGUUGUCCUGGCUGCUCGUCGUCUAGAACUAGUCCAGGCUGUUGCCGAUGAAGUCAAAACCAUCAAUCCCUCGGUUCAGACCCUGACAUUGAAAUGUGAUGUCUCAUCGCCAUCCGAUGUUGCCGCGGUUGCUGAGGCCACAAGAGCCCAAUUCGGUGCCACUGUCGGCGCUGUAGUUGUUAACGCGGGCUAUAGUGGUCCUUUGGUCAACGACAUUACUCAGGAGACGGCCGAGGAUUUCCAGAAAGCAUUCAAUGUCAACACACUGGGAACAGUGUUCGCAGCUCAGUCUUUUAUUCCAAUCAUCAGGGAUGCAGCAGCGACGAGCCCGGCAUCAUACAAGGGGGUGUUCAUUGGCAUUAGCUCGAUGGCGGCACCAACGAUCAAUGGACCGGUUGCGCAUAUUUCCUACUGUGCAAGCAAGUUUGCACAGGCCCGUAUCAUCGAAAUGCUCAAAGAGCAGCAGCAACAGCAGAAUGGUGGCGAUGAUGAUGGAAUUUUCUUUGCGGCUCUGCAUCCCGGAGGAGUGAAAAACUUGACAGAGUCCCCUGAUCUUGCGGGAGCGUUCUGUGUGUGGUUAACACAAAACCAAGAUCGCGUGCGCGUCCUUAAUGGAAGAUUCUUGUCUGCAAAGUGGGACGUGGAUGAGCUUUUGAGCAAGAGGGACGAGAUUGUGGAGCAAGAUUUGCUUCGAGCUCGAUCUGCCCUAUAA